AUCACCCUGCGGUCAUGAGGAGCAACAGACCACCCCAGCGCGUGUCACAGCGACGGAGGGGCAGCGAUGAGUGUGGGCGGCCUGCGAGGGGCACUCCGGGCAGCACUGGGACCACAGGUGAGGCAGCUAUGUGAUUCAGCAGCUGCAUCAGGCUCAACCCACCUGGAAGGUCUCCUCAGGAAGCGCUUCCCAAAGGCAACGUCAGUCGAGGUGCAAGACAUAUCAGGAGGGUGCGGGGCCAUGUACGAGGUAUGGGUGGAGGCAGCAGACUUCAAGGGCCUGUCCAGAGUUAAGCAGCACAAGCUCAUCACAGAGACACUAAAAGCAGAGAUCCAGGACAUGCACGGCCUGCGCAUCACCACCACCUUGCCUGACGCCUCGUGACCUUCACCCAUCAGCACCAUGGAGGCUGUCAGAGCACUAGUCAUUCCUCUUCCUUGGCCUGUCAAGAGAAAGGGUCAAGCUGUACACAGUCCACUCUUGCCUUACCUAUCAUUGUUAGAUCUACCUUCAGUUUUAUGCAAAUAAUUGUACAUGUCUUGUUAGAUUAUAGAUACGUAUUACAAACUUUGUAAAGGUGAUCUGUAAAUAAAGUUUAAAUUUAUUAAAA